UGCCACUAAAAUCUCGGUCUCUACAUCUACGUCUACAGCUGGUUCACUGGCUCCUCAGUGCACCCACUUUGCAUUAAUCUAUUUCUUUCCUCCGACGCCUUAGCAUCCCGUCGAUAACUCAGGCCGGCCUGUCGACUGCACCGCACAGCGUUUACGGCCCCUCCGACCGACCCGUGCCAGGGACUGCGAAACAUGGCGGGCAGCGCGGAUAAGGACGUGACCCUGGUGCAGGUCCAGACGGCCCUGUUUGGCCUGUCGCUGAACUGCGCGCUGUACGGCGUGGCCUACACGGUCGCGGCGUCGGCCUGUGCCGACAACGGCCAGCAGGGCUGCUUCGCCCGACGUACGAGGAGCCAGCGCCACCACCGCGACUGCGGUGGCGCCCGUGCGCUGUCCUACGUGCGGUGCUUCACGGCGGGCGCCUUUCUGGGCGCGCUGUUCCUGGCCAUGAUGCCCGCGGUGCGCGCCGCAGUCCAGGCGGCGCAGGACGAACACAAGACGGUGCGCGGCGCCUUCCCUUUCGCGGAGGCGCUCGUGUUCGCCUGUUUCUGCGCCGCGCUGUACGCCGACGGCAUGAUAGCCGCGGCGACCCGGCGCGCCGGUGCGCCCUCUGGCGACUCGGUGCGGGAGUCCCCGGCUGCACCGCGGGCGGAGCCCGCGUCGCCCAGCGGCGACUCCGACCUAAUCGACUCGCCCGAAAACUCCAGAACGAGGUUGCUGAGAGAGGAGAAUCCGCGACAAAACCGGCAGCAGCGCUCCUACACCGUCGCAGCGCCUUCCGGGCGUGGCAUUGUCACAGAGCCUUCUUCGUACUGCGGCAGCGAUGAGGACACGGACGCUGAUGGGCCCAGCGCCGCCAUUCGCCUGGCUUUCACGGUGGGCGCUGUGGCUGUCCACUCGGUCCUCGAAGGCCUCGCGAUGGGACUCCAGGAGAAUGCUACCAAGCUGGUGUGGCUGGUCAUUGGUGUGUACAUGCGCGAGACGCUGAUGACAGUGGCCGUGGCACUAUACGCGGCUGCCAUGGAACACAGCUCCAUCGUUGCUGCCAGCGCAGGGCUCGUGGUCGCCAGCACCGUACCCGCUGGACAGGUGCGUGGACCAAUCAGACUGCAACGCAAAAGCUGGCUUCCCAUGGCUGGGCUAUUGAUGGGCCGGCAGAUUGGCACGCUGACCAAAGCCCUUGUCCAGGCAUUGGCCACAGGCAUUUUCUUCCACGUCACCUUCAUGGAAGUCCUGCCGCCCAAGAUGAAUCAGCCGCAGGAACGCAUCUUCAAGGUCACCUUUAUGAUCAUCGGCUUCGCACUCAUCGCCACGGCCGACAUCACCUCGAGCCACAUAGCCGUGGCCUACGCGUGAAGAGAAAAAAAAAAAAAAGCGUGGCUCAAAUGAAACAAUAUUUAUUUUGUUCCA